GCCGCCAUAGCUGACGUCAGACGUAAAUUGCUCUUGCUAACUGCUCAUUGAGGGAACAUGGCAUUUACUCUUUACUCACUGAUCCAAGCAGCAAUUCUCUGCGUGAAUGCUGUAGCAGUACUGCACGAAGAACGUUUUUUGAGUAGAAUUGGAUGGGGCGUGGACCAGGGCGUUGGAGGUUUUGGUGAUGAACCAGGCAUCAAAGUUCAGAUGAUGACGCUGAUUCGCUCUGUGCGUACCGUCAUGAGAGUGCCUUUGAUUGCAGUGAAUUCAGUGUGUAUCGUUUUGUUGCUGCUGUUUGGAUGAAGAAAACGAAUGGACAAACCCAUUUACCUCCAAUUUCACAACCUCAGGACGCUGUGGACUUAACAGAACAUUUAAUGUCGAUAGGGUGACAAUGAUCGAAAAUUAUGUAAGUAUGCCAUGCCUUUUCUGCAGUGGUUUAACACGCUCUUCUGUAGUAAAUUUCACUCUAAGAUGAACACAAUUGCCGAAAAGGUUUGGUUUGAGAAAUGUAAAUUAAAUAUGAAAUCCUUUAUAUUCUUGUAAACGUGCUUCAUAAUAAAGAAUUUAUGUGACGCCAUCUUGAAUUUAUUUUUGCCUUUUAGUUCUCUUGUCCUAUUGUGGCUGCCGUACUUAAGUCACCCGACCACAACUUCCUCUUACAAACAAACAGGAUUGAAGGUUUUGUAUUUGUUAAGCUGAAUGUAAAAAAAAUAAAAUGAUGAGAAGCCUUCAGAAUUAUAUUUUGGCCUCGCUAUCUGUACCCUGCAUUUAUUUCGUCUAUGUGCACAUCUACUGUUCUCAUAAAUUACUGAAAACAAAUACACUCUGCUGGGAGAAACUCCCAAAACUUUCCUACCUGUUUCUGAAAUAUGUGACCAAAGCUCUUAUUUGGAGAAAGGGCUGCUUGUACAAGCCAAGCCGAAAGAAGGGAUGUGACGUAUUUUACGCCGUCUACAACUGCAGAAUGGACACAGCGCUUCUGAGGAGGUUUUGCGGUGCUACAGGUUAUGGUUGGGACUAUCCAGACAGCGAAUACAGAGACAUUCCUCUGUGCUUCCCUGAGGUUCUGUGCCGCACACUUUUGCUCAUGGCCAUUACUGAUCACAACUUCCGGCUGAGCCCAGUUGGUCUGGUUUGUGUGCGCCAGAGCAUUAAAACCCAUCAGCCAGUUGAUGAGUUGAAGAAAGGUCCCUUUACGUUGCAAGUUCAAGUCCUCGUGUACAGAACUUUGGAUGUCGGUGUGGAGGUGGAUGUCUUGCUGUCUGCCACUUCCCGUUCCAAGAGUCUUGUGUGGGAGAGCAUCUUAACACUGAUGUCCAAGAACAAGUACCAACAAGCCAAAAAUGAGAUUGCAAUGGCCGCUCAAAUGGAUGAAGCUAUGCUCCAGCACGUCAAACAAGUGGAUCUCAGAGUUCCCUUAAGUGCUAGUCCACUGUGUGCCUGGUCCUUCUUGGACUAUUGGUUCUUCUAUCUGCCAGCCAGUCUGUUUGGCUUCAAGUUGCGGACCAUCUCAAGUCUGUGGAUGUUGUCUGUCUGCUUGGCUGAAAUAGAGAAGCACAAUGUGUUUGGAGUCAUCACAUCUCCACUGAACAUCAUGGCCCACUUUGAGGAUUGUUUGUUGGCACCAAACAAAGUGACUCUUUCAUUCACGAGAUGUCAGUCAUCUACCCAAGACCUCAGCUUCCAAAUGCAGCAACACGGAGGCAGCAAGAUUCACUUAGCGGGAAUGAUAUCCAGGACCUGACUGAAACAGGAAAUAGUCAUAUCCCCAAAUAUAUGUUGGGACUUUUCUUCUCUCCUUCUCCUUCUGUGAUGCAUCAUGAAAGUAAAACAACUGUCUUCACCAGGGUCGAUAGAUUUUCCAAAACGGUCUGAUCCGUAGCUUUGGAAACCUAUGAGCAUAAUUAUAAUAUUUAUUCAUUGGCAGUGUCAGUCCCAUUUUUUCCCUGAAAUAUUUUUACAUUUGACCAUAAACUGCAGCCUACUUCUCUACUGUAGGCCUCAUUCCAUGUCAAAUGGGAGGCAUUUCAAUAUUUGAUCUCAUAAAGCUGCUUGAAUUUUUCAUGUACUAUGUAAGAGACUGUCGUCCUUUAUAAUUUAGUGAAACACCUUCACUCAGUAGAACAGAAAUAAAUGGAUUUUCAUGCUUCCCUGCACUGUUCCAACAUUUCCUGAAAUUAUUAUUUACUAGAGUGUAUCACAAAUAUUGUGUUGUUUUACAAUACAGGAACCAGAUGAAGGAAGGAUUAACUCGGGCGGGGCAGUGACAGAUGAGAACUGCGUCUUCUAACAACAGGCAAUUCUCUGCCAGGUUUGAAAGAAAGGGUUGAAUCAUAAACAGCUACAAUUUUUGUUGUCGCCAUCACUGGAUCCAACAGAGAUAGGAGUGACUUCCAACAACUUGGAAAAUACCAACAGAUUAACCCCCUAAGAAAAGUGCUCCUAUAGUUGUGGACUCUUUGCAAAUGUGGGUAAUUAUUUGAUAUGUCAAUAUUCACUCUGAUUUUAUCCAACAAUAUUUCUAAUUCACUAGUUGUCCUUUAUUUGCAUUGCGACUGAUCAUCCGUCAACCAUUGGAGCAUCCUGCUAUGACAGUGAGGGAGCCAUGCUAAGUGAUGUUGGCUCAAAUGAGGGCGGGUACAGACAAUCUCUGUUGCCGAGACCAGAAAGUGAUUUUCAUUGUUUGCACUGCAAGAGCUGCACAUCACACCCUGCUGAACCAGCCUAAAGUCGCUCAAAAAGUACAUGAAGACACUCGGAAAAGGUGCGUCUCCCAGCAAUCCCGUCUCUUCGCCAACAGGGCGCAGCAUUGUGCAAGUGUACCAUGACUACCAGAAGGUGGCUUUUAAAAUGCAAUAUGAAAAUGGCCACGCUGAAGACAAUGGCUCUGCCGCCACGAGGCAGCAGAUCACAAACGAAGACAAUACAUCAUGCAAUGAGCAAAAAUUAUGUAUGAGGGAUGCCGGCUCUCAACAGAUCUCCAUGUGGACUGUGAAUUCCAGCACAUCGGCCUAUUCAGGCCCAGAAGACAAUUCCACAGACCCACCCGUGACCUUGACAGAGACCUCCACUCUGAACUUUGUUGACGGGCACACCUUGGAGGGUCAAGGAGAGAAUCAUACUCUCCAUGAGGUGGCAAUGGUUUACCUGAGAGAGUUUGUGCUUAUAGAUGAUGACGAUGAUGGAGACAUGUCACUGAGGGAGAAAACAGUAAACAACUUGACUGUCAUGGAUGGGAAAGCUGCAGACUUGGUGUGUGGGAGAUUGGUUAACACUUGCAGCGUUUAUGGAUUUCAAUCUAAGGGUAACUUGUCAUCUCUGGAAGAUCCGCUUCCUGAGCCCGGGCCUUCGCGUGGAAAUCAACACUGCUGCGCCUGCGCUAUCUUAUGACAGGAUCUGGAGUUGCACUGUGAAGACACCCUUAGUGCCGUGGUUCUGAAGCACUCGACUCGGGUACAAAUUUACUAAUUGACAAAACAAGAGCCCAACGUUUUGUACACACAAAAUUUGUAAUGUAAUCCGAAUAAAGAUAUCUUUGUUUUAACCACAAGGAAUCUAUGCCAGAAUCUCUCUGGUGGGGUGAAAAGGUGUAACAUCUGCAUUGUAGAUUUUGCGGAAGAAUUUUCAAAUGCAAACAGAGGUAAACUCAUGUAUAACUUUGAUACUUUGAAAAUGUGCAUGUUCAUCAAACAGCAUUUGUCAGCACACAUCAGGCGGUGAUAACAUAUGCGGACUGUAUGUAUAAAUAUGACAAUAGCCUAAAUGUAUCUGGGCGAUACUGUCUUGCUAAAAUAACGUUUUGGUGAAGCAGAAAAAAAAUAGGUUAACCUUGAAUCUGUACAGCACAAUUCCUGCUUUCGCUCAUCUAUUAUCGACAUCCAUUUUCACUUCACCAGUCAUUCAAUUAUUGUAUGUUUUAGUGAUUUUUUUUUUUUUUCAACAAUGCUGUUUCACUAGUAGGCAGUAAGCUCGGGUGUACAAUACACUCUCACAUAUGUGGUCUUCACAAAUAAGGACUACAAAAAAUUAUGAAUCUGCAUAUCAGUCUGUGAAUUCACCAUCCAUUCAUCCAUCCAACCAGGCCUCUUUCAUGUUUUUCUAAAUAAAUCAUUUUGUUGAGCCACAAUUCAAACUCAACGACAGAUUUUUAUAGGUAUUUUUCAUUAAACUUUCAUUACUUGU